AAUGAAAUGUGGUUCACUUACGUACAAGCGUAUUCAGAAAGUGCACUAAAUGUGCAAAUGGCAGCAUAUCUUUAUAUUGAUUUCCUUAGUGCCACAUGGACAUGGACUUGAAAGACGGGAUUCCUCGGUGGACAAGUAUAUACCUUCAGUGCCUUUUGAUAAAGUCGAUAAGCUAUUAUCGGAAAUAGAAACAAAUCAUAGGGCUCUCCGCAUAAAUCGGCAGUCAUGUAACAAAAGCUUAAUUCAAGUCAAUGGUCUGGCCAACGGUUCCCUUUUGCUGGAAAGCACAGAAAAGCAAAUACUUUUUUUGAUACGACUUUUUAAUACUAGCUGCCCAAAUGAAUAUCAUCGGGAAAUCUUAAGAGUACGCUCGGAAUAUAAACCAUUUCAUUUUGCUUAUGUACCAGAAUAUGAUCAUAAUUGGGGAUUAAGCCCUACUACUACUCGUACUACAACUACUACUACUCCUACUACUACUACUACUACUACUACUACUACUACUACUACUACUCCUACUACUACUACUACUACUACUACUACUCCUACUACUCCUGCUACUACUACUACUCCUACUACUACUACUUCUCCUAAAACUAAUCCAUUUGUGGAUCCUACCUCCACACCAGGCCCAACUGGCUCAGACGAGGAAUAUGUGAUACAAAACAUAAACUUUUUUAGCCAUGAUGUAUAAAGAGUAAUUAUAUUAUAAUUUAUAGAUAUUGAAAAUAUAUAUUUUACAAUGAAAAC